AUGUCUAAGUCAUUGAGUAACACACCUAUCCAUGGGCAAGAGAUGGCCCAAUUCACCCAGAAGGACAUAAUGGGUACUCUGUUUGAGACCACGGAAAGAUAUCAAAAUUUGGAGCCUGUUGGUAUGGGCAUCUCGGGUCUUGUCUGCUCCGCAAGAGACCAAAUUUCUCACUCGACCGUUGCCAUAAAGAAACUCUAUGCGCCAUUCAAGACAGCCAAUAUCGCCAAACAUAUAUACCGCGAGGUCAAAUUAUUGAAACAACUGCAGCAUGAUAACGUUAUUCACUUAAACGAUAUUUUUAUCUCCCCAUCUGAAGAAAUAUAUCUCGUCACCGAUCUCAUGGCGACGGAUCUCCAGACCCUUUUAAAAACGAAGAAAGUCGACAAUCAAUUUACGCAAUACUUUUUAUAUCAGAUAAUGCGAGGCCUCAAAUACGUACAUUCAGCCGGUGUCGUUCAUCGCGACCUCAAACCAAGCAACAUCCUAGUCAACGAAAAUUGCGAUCUCAAAAUCUGUGACUUUGGACUAGCUCGCGUGCAAGAACGACAAAUGACAGGUUAUGUGGCGACAAGAUACUACCGAGCACCGGAGAUCAUGCUCACAUGGAGACGAUACAAUGAGAAAGUCGAUAUAUGGAGUGCCGGGUGUAUCUUCGCCGAGAUGAUGACGGGUCAACCUCUUUUCAUGGGGAAGAAUCAUAUCGAUCAGUUCUGUGUCAUCACACAGUUGCUGGGAAAUCCACCGGAUAAUGUCGUUGCCAAUAUAACGAGUCAGAAUGUUAGUGAUCCAACCGCACCCGACCCUGAUUUUGAAUUAUCCCUUCCGAAGCGACCUCGUAAAUCUUUGGCGACUGUCAUCCCUAAGGCUAACAGAAAAGCAAUCAACUUACUAGAUAAGUUACUCCAAUUCGAUCCAGAAAAACGCUGUUCCGCCGUCGAAGCACUCGAAUCCCAAUAUCUCGCCGCGUAUCAUGACCCUGAAGACGAGCCUACGGCACCACAGUCCUUCGACUGGUCAUUUCUUGAAGCAGAUCUUCCGAUCGAUGUCUGGAAGACUAUCAUGUACGCGGAGGUAUUAGGGUACCACGAGAAGGCGGGCGGGCCCUUCCAGUGCGGGUCCUUCCAGUUGAAUGGGCAAUUUGAUGGCAUGGACCUGGGUUGA